AUGCCAGUUAGUGCCGGAAGAUUUAGAUGCACAUUUACAAAUGAGCAAAUGGAAAAUCUAAGGCAAUAUGUAGAAGAUGAUGCAUUGGAAAUUAAAGAAGCUGAGAAAAAAAUUAAAGAGGAGAAGAAAAAAGAAAGUCAGAGAAGAAAAGCUGAAAAUGCUAGAAAAAAUGCUAAUAAACCGAAAAAGAUGGCCACACAAAAGAAAAAACAGCAGAAACAUGUUAGACAAAUAAAGUUUGAUAAUGACAGUGUGUCUUCAGAUUCCUCCAUAUCAAUAGAUUACAUGGAAAGUGAUGAUGACAUCGAUUACGUAGGAGAUACAGAAGAAGUUUGUUUAAUUUGCAGUGAAUCAGGCAAAGAUGAACUUUGGUAUGCCUGCUCCUCUUGUAGUAAAUGGGUGCAUGCCGCCUGUACUGGUCUUACAGCAUCAGAGGCAAAUCGUUUUUUUUCAUCUUACCCACCUAAUAUUGUCAUCUUACCCGCCUACGAGAGCAAGAUGACGAACUUGACAUCCAAUUUUUAA